GGGAACAGAGAAAGCAACAGUGUGUCACUCUUUCGCCAUUUAUCUUAUCUGUCGAGAGAGAGAGAGAGUUCAGACAACAAUAACAAUAAGAUAAUAUGCCCUCAGCUCAAGAUCCAUUCUACGUUGUCAAAGAGGAGAUUCAAGAUUCCAUUGAUAAGUUGCAAUCUUCUUAUCACCAAUGGGAAAGCACUUCUGACGGUGGGGAUCGAACAAAUCUCUCAAAGGAAGUUCUUACUGCUUGUGAGAGCAUUGAAUGGCAGGUGGAUGAAUUGGACAAAGCGAUUUCUGUUGCAUCUAGAGAUCCUUCUUGGUAUGGCAUUGAUGAGGUCGAGAUUGAAAACCGGAGAAGGUGGACCAGCAGUGCUCGCACUCAGGUGCGCACAAUGAAGAAUUCAGUGGAAGCCGGAAAGGCCUCGAAUGUGACGAACCAUGCAAGUGUGAAUGGGAUGCGCAGGGAAUUGAUGAGGCUUCCUAAUUCACAUCAAGCUGAUACAUCCAACCAGUAUACUGCCAACCAUAAUGAUGAUUUCAUUGAAUCAGAAUCUGACAGACAGAUGCUUCUUAUGAAAAAACAGGAUGAGGAGUUGGAUGAGCUUAGUUUAAGUGUACAAAGAAUUGGAGGUGUUGGACUUACGAUACAUGAAGAACUCCUUGCACAGGAAAAGAUUAUAGAUGAACUGGGUAAUGAGAUGGACAGUACAUCCAAUCGUCUAGAUUUCGUACAAAAAAAAGUGGCAAUGGUGAUGAAGAAAGCUAGUGCAAAGGGUCAGAUCAUGAUGAUAUUGGGUUUGCUGGCACUGUUUAUUUUCCUAUUCAUCUUGGUGUUCUUCACCUAAACUCAGUUGAGAUUGGCCCUUGUUUGUACAUGAAGAGAGAGAUAUCUCAGUUUUUGCGAGAAGAUACAAGAUUGUUGGGACAUGCUUUAGUGUCUAUUAAUCAAAUGGAAGCCAUUUUGGUAUUUCAAGGCAGUAGAAUUUUAUGAUUGUGAUGAUAAAGGGACAAUGUAAGGAUUUAGAUUCUCUGAACAUUUGGAUUACAAAUAUGAUUGGAUUUAGGGUUAUUCGGAUUAAAUUGUUCUCUUAGAUGUAAUGUAAUGUGAUGUCAACUUAUUUUUAACAUCCUUUUAGAAUGAUAGCAUGGAGUUUUAAACC